AGCAUGCAAGAAUACGGAAUGUCAUAUGAACAAAACAUCAUUGUUAAUUCAACAAAGUGAAGGUCCAAGAAGAUACAAUGCAGUAAAGUGAAUUUAAUUGGAAUCAUAUUACUUGAAUGUAAUUAGGUUACUGCACAUUAUUGCAUCGGUUGCAUUUUAAAAUAGUGACGAUUGUUGCGGCAAUAGUUUCCUCUUUUGAUGGUAUUUGUUGAUUGUAGCACGCGCUUGGAAUUCAACAAAAUGUCAACUGUUGAAAGUGAUGUUGUUAUCGGUGAAUCGAGCGACAACAAAGAGAUUAGAGAGGACGAAGACGAUGUGGACAUACCGGAGGAUUUUUUCGACGAGUUCGAAGAUAACAAAUUUCUGGAUGAAAUAGUGGAAAUCGUUGUGCCUGAACAGGCCCGCUUGGUUCGAACUAGCGAUACAAAUGAAAAUUCGACUGAAGCAAACGAUGAAAAACCCAAGGUGGAAGAAUCGACUGAGCCAACCCUCAAACGUUGCCUGGACAAAAUUAACGAUCUGACCAGAUCCAUUGAACGUCGUAAGCAAAAACUACAAACAACGCUAACAAAAAGCAGCAAACGUAAACGACGAUCGCAUACUCGAUCGCCAUCACCUACAGCCAGUCGUGCGGAUCGAAAUGUUAGAAAUGUUAGAAGUCGAGAUCGCCGUUUCUCUCCACGCCGAUCGCCCAGUGGUCCGCGAAGUGGCCGUCGCAGUCGAAGCAGAGAUCGGAAUCGUAGUCGCGAUCGACAACGCACGUCCAACGGCACGAGACGGGAUCGAUCGAGAAGCCAAUCGUCAACAAAUCGUCCGCGUGCUAUGUCCUUCCUGGAAGAAUUGGAGCAGAAAUUCGCAGAGAAAGGACAAGACUUUCCGGAAAAGGAAUUGUUAAUUCAAUCGCGAUCAAAAAAGAACGGUGUGUCGGCAGUGUUGGAUCGUCAGGUUGCGGCUACAGUUGGAUAUCCGCAAUGUGAAGUGCCGAUGAAUAUGUCACCGUAUAUGCCCACCGUACCAAUGCCAAUGUAUAAUCAAACGCCAUAUUCGCCUUACUGGAAUGCAAAUUACAUGAUGAACCCUAUGGCCACCAACGUGCAGCUUGCGAUGCAACCGCUUCCUUUUCAAGCGAUUUGUGCGGCUAACGACCCGACGACAAUGAAUGUGAUUCCCAGCGAUGCCAAAGCUAAUGAUAACAAAUCACGAGGCAACAAAGAUGAAGUGAUAGCCCGAUGCCGAGCCGCAAGUAAGAUUCUGCGUGGUGAAGAGAACAAAGUGCCUAAAUUGCGAUUCCUUUUCACUCGCACGUCUAUGCCGAUGGACACAGUGGACCAGGAAAUUCCGCCGCUGCAGUCGAAAAAGAAUGUCGAAUUCAAAGAAACCUCGGCCAACGACAAGCCCUGUGCUCCACUAGAGUUUUUGCCAUCGCGAACCAGUGAACUGGUGCAAAUAUUGGGAUACAACUGUUCUGUCAUUGCGAAUCGCUUGCGAUUGAAAAAUGUUGGCAAAAAGGUUAUCGAUGAAAUCGAGGAUAUCGACGCAGAAAAGCAACGAUCCAAAGAGCGAGCAUACAAGGAAAUUGAAACGCAAACCGAUUCGUACAAAUGUCCGACGUGUGUAGUUCGCGAGGCAAAAAGUUUCUCCAACAAAUCCACUCAGGCUGAAGCACCAAAAAAAGUCAACAUUCGAACACAGACGAAUGAGAAAGAUUACCGUGUACCGUUGAUACGACAACUAUCUCGAAUUAGUGCUGGCCAAUUGGUAGCAGUUUCCGAUUUCAUCACUUUAAUUUGUGAACCGCGCCCAUCCACGUCAACCGAAAUAUUUAGUGUGCGUGAGAAACUUAUGGAUAUUUACAAUCUGUCCGAACGGGGUUCCGAUGCCAUUGAAGCUGAACGAGCAAGAGACCACGAAGCACGACGUCGUGGCAAUAAUAACAGUUGUCCCAAGCCGAAUCCGCCGGUCGAGGAUUUGCGCUCAACAAUUCGCGGAUCAUCCGAUCAUAACAUGGCAAGAAUACCGCCACCACCACCGCUACUCGUAAAUUACCAUAUGAAUGUGGGAAUGAUUGAUCCGGAGCAGGCAGAACGUGAAAUGCGAUUGCAACAGAUGCGGUACGAGGAAAAUAUGCGUAUGAUGCAAAUUGAAGAGCAGCGAAACAGAGAAUUGGAGUGGGAGCAUCAGCAACAAAUCUUACAGCAACAGAGACAAUUGCAACUGCAACGCGAACAAGAGGAAGAAAAUGCUCGGCUGCAGGAAAUGCGAAACGAUCGUCGAAAUGGUUUUGGGCGGGGAAACAAUCAUUGGAAUGAUGGUCGGGGCCAUGCCAGAUACUGACACGAAACAAGCUCAUCGUUUGCGGAUGAGAAAUAAUGAAGUUGUUACGCUUGCUGUUGAUAUUUUUAUUACAAUUAAGGAAGCUAUUCCAAUUCGGACAUUGCUACUGUUGAAGUUAGAAAUAUAUUUUGGAAACCGAGAC